AACAGAUUAGUUUUUUGAUAUGGCGUCGAAAAAUAAAGUUUCUAUUGAAGGAGAAAAGUUAUCGAAUCAACCAAGCACAUCAUUAACAGAUGAAGAAAAUUCUAAACUCUUUAGUUUAUUAGGAUCUAAAAAAAUAACUUUAUCAACUGCUGUUGCGCAAAUUUUUUCCACAGAACCACCCGCUCAUUCAAUAUGGAUAAAACGUCAUACGGGAGUAUUAUGUUUUGUAAAAGAUUAUAUUAGGAAAUCCUAUUUUUUGCAAAUGUAUUGUCUAGAUUCCGAGGAUCUUGUAUGGGAACAUGAAAUGUAUGAUCCAUUUGUUGUGAAUCAUCCACGUUCGUACUUGUUGACGUUUGAGGGUAACGAUAGGCUUAUAUCGCUCAACUUCGUGGAAGAUGACGAAGCAUUGCGAUACUUUGAGUGCUUGAAAAUGCAAAUUGAUAAUCGCAUAAGACGUUCAAAAAGACGAGGAACGCCCUUUAAUCCUCAAACAAAUGACGAUACUUACUCAGUUACUUUGAGAAAGACGAAACAUAAUAUAAGCACUAAUAUUAACUAUGCAACAAUGACAAAACCAAUUGAAAACAAAACAGUCAAAGUUACGAAGAAAAACGUGAAGAAAAUUACAAAAGGAGAUAUUGGGACGCCGACAGGAUUUCAACAUUUAACACACGUUGGAUGGGAUUCGUAUAAAGGUUUUGAAUUUAAAGGCGAUGAUGAAGAGGUUUUAAAGCCAUUUUUAGAAAAAGCAGGUGUAUCCGAGCAGCUUCUCAAUAAUCGUAAAACAAAAGCAUUUAUUCUAGACUUCAUUCAGGAGAAUAAAGUUAUUGAGUCAAUUAAAUCAGAACAAACAUUACCUCCUGUUCCGAAGCGUCAAUCACAAAUUGUAUUAAAAAAGCCAAAUCGUAUUGCACCUCCUCCUCCUCCUCCAGCAAGAGAAAACAAAGAUCCUCUUAUUGAACAUGCAAACAAUCCUCCAAAUUUCCCUCCUCCGCCGCCUUUGCCUCCAUUAACAAUGACAAAUGAAAACCAUCAACAAUCAGAUGAACGUUCAGCACUUUUAGAAAGCAUUAGAAAAGGAACACAACUUAAAAAAGUAGUCGAUAAGAAAGAAAAUAACGGUCGAAAUGAUCUUCUCGCCGAAAUAAGACAAGGAACUAAAUUGCGUUCUACAGAGGAUCGCAUCAUAUCUAAUCAUUCUACUUUGUCUACUAAUGAGGAUCUUACUCAUUCAGAUGCUUUGGCCAUUGCAUUAAAAAAAGCUCUUGAACAAAGAGGAAACGUAAUGCGAUCAGAUUCUGAAGAUGAUAGUGAUGAAAGUACGGAUAACGUCGAUGAAUGGGAGGAUUAGUGAAAAAAUGUUUGAUUUGAGGCUAAAAAAAACAGCAGAUAAAAGCAGUCCUUUUUUUAAGAGUCGUAACCAAAAAACUAAAAUACUUUACAAUGAAUUUACUGAAUACUGAAUUAAUAUAAUUUGAAACGCUUGCUGUUUAAAUAACAAUAAGUUUUAUAUUUCUUAACUACAUUGUUUUUUUUCAAUUUGAUGGAAAUAAAAUAAUAAAAAUUAUAAACUUUGUUCCGUUAAAAUCUUCUGUAAAAUUAGAAUUUAGUUUUUAAUUUAAGAUUAGGUAUGCAUUUUAAAAACAUUUUUCUUUUUAAAUUUCU